AUGAAAUUUUUUGAAUUUUUUGACGAAUACAAAAAACGUGUUCCGGAAGCCACACCUGAGCAAAUCAAUGAAGCCUUUAAAAUUAGCGAGCCUAGAAAACGAAAACUCAAGAAUUCAGUUAUAUCAACUGAAGGACCAAUCUUUCAUUACAGUGGCAGGCUAGUUCUCCCAAUACAUGAACGAGAUAUAUUCAAUAUAGUAUACAGUGGAGUUCAAGAGGAAAAAUCGUUCGUGAUACAUGGUCUGUACCAAUGUGGAAAAACAUCUUUCUUAAUUGCACUUGAAGAGAUGCUCCGUGAUUUAAAUGUUACGCGUUUUGACAUGACAGAUGUAAAAGGACAUAUAAAUCAAUAUGGAACACAAGCUGGGUUUUUCCGUUAUUUGUCACGUCAUCUCUUUAGGGAAACUGUUGAUGAAUUACAUUUUAACGAAUGUCUUGAUGGACUUAAAGAUCUGAUUUCUUCAGAUCACUCUCUUCCAAAAAAUGUAACCUAUGUUUGUGUAGGCACCUUUAAAGUUGUAGAUUUGUUGAGCGAUGAUAACCCAUUAGGUUCUCCUUAUAACAAGGCCACUUUUCUCCCGAUGCCAUUCUUCACAACUGAAGAGUUGGGUAAACUCUUCAGUUUGUAUAAUGAAUUCUUUGAUGAGGUUUUCCCGAUCGAUAUACAAUCAAUCAUCAUGCGCGAAUCCUUUGGACAUCCAGCUUCCUUUAUGAUUUUAUUAAAGCUCUACCAUGAUUUUCGGACGAAUUCACCAAUCGAAUGGAACCGUUCAUUGAAAGAAAAUUUGGAAAAUUAUCUAAAUUGGACUCAUGUUAAAAUUACGAGAGCAUUACGAAGGAUGAACUCAACAGAUCUAGCACACGUCCGUGACUACACAGCAGUUAGAAAUGAAUCUUGGGAAGUAGAUUUAUCAAACCUCAGCGAGAUUGACAAAUAUCUACUUAAUAUUGGCAUUCUGGUUUGGCCAAAGCCAAGGAAAUCUUUGCAAAUACGGGAUGUGAAAGACCCUAUCUUUUUGUUAGCACAUUCAUUACAAAAUGUAACACCGGCUACAAUCAUAAAUGAACGAGUAAGAAAUCUGCAUGGUCCAUCGGAAAAAGCUUUCCAAGCAGCAGUUUACCGUGUCAUGAAUGAGCUACUUCCAAUUUCAAUGAAUUGCUUAUUUGAAGUAAGAAUACGAAAGCAUGUGGCACUUGAUCUAAUGGUGAUUCAAAAUAAUAAUAAUUGGUGUGGUUAUGAGUCCAACGUUGAAAAAAUAUCUUCGGCUCAGUUUAGAGACCCUGUGAAACAGGCUAAAAGAUAUGCUGAAUAUUUUAGAAUGAACAUAUACUUGGUUAAUUUCCACCAUGAUGGUGGCUCAACUCCAACUGUGGUUAAUAUCCCGGAAGGUGUCACUCUAGUGAAUAUAAAAUAUAAUGCGGAGUGCACCAAAUUUACUAUUAAUACGAUUGAUAAUGAGAUAUCAGUCAACGUCUCAUGA